GAGGGGAAGGAGAGAGGGAAAAAGAAGAAGAAGAAGAAGAAGAAGGAAAGGGAAAAGAGGCAAGUCUGGCCCAGCAGGGAAAAAGCCCCCAAGCAAACAAAAGGGGGCGGGAGUGGAUGGAUGGAUGCCAGGCACCCACUGGCCGCUAUUGGACUGGAUGUCCGCACGGCUCGGAUAGCCUGGUGGAGUCGAGUCUAGUAUUAGUUUGCACGUCGUCCAUUCUCUUCUUGGGGGUUUCAGAAUAUCUUUUGUUCCAUUCCCUCGAUGCGGUGACGGUGACCGUUAGCUGCAAUCCUGACAUUCAGGGUCUGGCUACUAUUUUCUGGGUCGAUGGGCCAUCGAUGAGUGGAAGAGGAGUCAAACGACGUGUCUACUGUCUACUGAGUUGUUCGACACAGAAACUGACCCCGGACAUGGAUGAUUUGGAUUAAGAUUUUCCGAUGGUGGAAGGAAAACUCUAUUGC